AUGAACUUUGGUGUGGCACAAAGUUUGUCUUUUCAUCAACCUUGUUCUUUUUCUUACGAUCAUUUCUUUCACGUGUUGACAACCUCUUUUGACAUGGAUAACUCUCAACUCAAAUCCCGAAAGAAUAUAGGGGAUAACUCCACUAUGUGGGCGGAUUAUGAGAAAUUGGUCACUGUCUAUGCCUUCGUUGGUGAAGGCGGCCUAGAUCACGCCUUUACUGAAGUGGGUCUAUCUUUAGACUGGGGAUGGCUUCCUCCCGAAGAGGACAAAAGGAUGUGUAGUAAGUACGAAUGCUUGUUUUCUUUGAUAGAUGUAUGCCUCCUUUUAAUGACUUUGAGGUAG